UGACAGGAAGUGUGUGAGGAGGAAUUCCCACCGUACGAGCCUCCGUGCCUGUAGUUUAGACUGACAAACAGCGGUUUUCGUGUUCAGAUUCACCUCGGAGGUAAUGAGGACUUGGAUUAUGUACUUUAAGACCGACCUGGGGCAAAGAUGCAAUGGAGGUCAAUAGUAGUGGGUCUGGUGGUCCUGAGACUCUCUGUAAGCUGGGUUCUGUGGCUAGCUUUCGGGCUGGGACCUGAGAUUAGCUCCGGGUUCAACUUCCACCUCGGUUUUAAUUUGCACAAAUUGGAUUUGCUGUUCCGGGAGGAAAAGGAAGCCGACCCGGGCGCUAGCUCUUGGUCCCAAAGAAUCCCGGGUCACAGGUAUGACGAGACGGCGACCACCUGCGCAAAGAUCGGGGAGGAUUCCACCGGGAGGUCCUACCUGAACCUCUUCGAUGGCAACAAGGAUGAGUAUGUCCGGAGGUACAGGUCCUUUCCUGACACACUGAGGGUGAAAAUGAAAGACAUGGCCAAAGAAAUGUUCUACUUCGGAUACGAGAACUACAUGAAAUAUGCCUUUCCAGAGGACGAGCUGAACCCCAUUGAUUGUGAGGGAAGAGGUCCAGACGUGAUGAACCCGUCGAACAUCAACAUCAACGACGUUUUGGGGAACUAUUCACUCACACUCAUUGACACCUUAGACACUCUGCUGGUGCUCGGCAAUGUGACAGAGUUCCAGAGAGCCGUCAGACUGGUUAUAGAUACCGUGUCUUUUGACAAGAACUCAACUGUGCAAGUCUUCGAGGCUAACAUCAGGAUCCUUGGAAGCCUUAUCUCAGCACACAUUCUCCUGACUGACUCCAAGCACCCAUUCGGAGAGGUGGGCUUCAAAGAUUACGAUAAUGAACUUCUGCAUCUGGCUCAUGACCUGGCUGUGCGCUUGCUGCCUGCUUUUGAGAACACCAGCACAGGCAUCCCAUACCCCAGGGUGAACCUGAAGACGGGAGUCCCUCAGGACAGCGUCAAUGAGACGUGCACCGCAGGAGCCGGGUCCCUGCUGGUGGAGUUUGGCAUUCUGAGUCGCCUUAUUGGGGAUUCAACGUUUGAAUGGGUGGCCAGACGAGCCGUCAGAGCUCUGUGGAAUCUGAGAAGCAAUGAAACUGGUCUGUUGGGAAAUGUCAUUAAUAUCCAAACAGGCCAGUGGGUUGGCAAGCAGAGUGGGCUUGGAGCUGGAAUGGACUCUUUUUAUGAGUAUUUGCUUAAAUCCUACAUCCUAUUUGGUGAGAAAGAGGAUUACCGGAUGUUUAAAGCUGCUUAUGAGAGCAUUCAGAACCACCUGAGAAGAGGGCGUGAGUCUUGCAAUGAAGGUGAGGGUGACCCGCCUCUCUAUGUUAAUGUGAACAUGUUUAAUGGUGAGAUUAUGAACACGUGGAUCGACUCCCUUCAGGCCUUCUUUCCUGGGCUGCAGGUACUGAACGGGGAUAUUGAUGAUGCCAUUUGCCUGCAUGCCUUCUACUAUGCCAUCUGGAAGCGCUUUGGGGCGCUGCCAGAGAGAUACAACUGGCAGCUCAAAGCUCCAGACGUGUUAUUUUACCCUUUAAGACCAGAGCUGGUGGAGUCGACCUACCUGCUGUACCAGGCAACAAAAAAUCCUUUCUAUCUGCACGUUGGAAUGGAUAUUCUCCAGAGCCUUGAGAAAAAUGCCAAAGUCAGAUGUGGAUAUGCCACACUCCACCAUGUUGUGGAUAAAUCCAAAGAGGAUCGCAUGGAGAGCUUUUUUCUCAGUGAAACCUGCAAAUAUCUUUAUCUUCUAUUUGAUGAGGACAACCCACUGCACAAAUCCGAUAACAAAUAUAUCUUCACUACAGAAGGUCAUGUUGUGCCUAUAGACAAGCGCUUCAGGGAGAAGCAGUGGAACGACUUGUCUCCAUGCGAAGAGGGAGCGCUGGCAGAAACAGAAACAAGCAACCAGGCGCCUCCGAGCAACAUCAGCAACUGUAACAGGAUUCCAGAGGAGCGUCGAUAUGCUCUGCCAUUAAAGAGUGUCUACAUGAGGCAGAUCGAUCAUAUGGUCGGAGUGUUUUGACAAAAAAGGACAGAUGGGGACACUUUUUUUGACAUAUAUACAUGUUGAACAUGCAUAUAUGGAGAGGAGGACUUCCUCAGUUCAGAGUCUUGCCAUGUAUUUUUCAGAUCUGGAUCUAGACAGGAAAUGGACAAUAACGAAUCAUGAGAAGACUAGACUGUAUUAAAGUCAAAGGUCAGGGAAAUUAGUUGUGAUCAUUAGUUUUUGACUGAACUGAGGUGAAGACGGUUUUAGACAAACUGAGAUAUCUGGUCAAGUACUUGUGGGUAAACUUUGCACAUGUGUGUUUUGAUUGAAACUACAGCAGAGCUGAGAGUCUUGACAAAAAAGCAUCUGAUAAUAAAAUCAGUGCCAUUAACCUCAAAUUAAUUCAGUGCAUAGCCUAUAAACAAAUGUUGACCUUUGAGCAGGGCAAUGUCUAAACCUGAGAAUCUGUGCCUCUUUUUUAAGUUGAUUCACUUGAUUAGAUCAGUGCUAUUAUAUAAGGGCUAUAAAAUACAAUUGUUAAAAGAGCUGCUUUUCAUGGCAGAUAUUUUUAAUCAAACAGCAUUACUGCAAUACUCUGGUUUUAUUUCUCACAAUUAAAAAAAUCCCAAAACUAGAGAUGCACUAAUCAGUCUCAUGGCAGACUAAUAUAGAUUUUUAGCCAAUUCUAAUUUCUCUUUGAGAUUUUAAAAUAUAUAAGAACAAUGGUCAUUUUUCCAACACUGUGCUAUGUUACAUCACAAAUUAUUUAUUUUCAGAGAAAAGGCAAUGUGAAAGGGGAAUCUCUGUGUUCCCAUAGAGACCAUAGAUUCUUAUCUUAAUUGUUAUAUUUCCAGAAAGGCUGCACACAUUGCUAAAUGUAACUUGUUUCAUUACACGUUUGAAAGCUAAAGGGGACAAACAGAGCAACUUUGGUGUACUCUGAUCAAGCUUCCUGCUCUCCCUCAUAGCCUGAAUGAACAGCAGUCAUGUCUCAAUAAGUCAUGCAAAAUGCUUUGAUUAGAAAGGGGUCUUUACUUCUUUUGUGCUUCCUCUGACAGAUAAUAGUUAAACUUCUUCAAUCAGUAAUUGCCCGCACACACCGGGAGAGCUCAGAAACAAAUCUGGUUUUUGACUAAUCACCAGUCAGUUCUCUAAAAUAUUCUUAUUUUGCUUGCCAAUCAAGUUUUUGGUCCAUUUCUACUAAAAUGCUAAUGCAUAUCAGGGCAGAGACAGAAAGUCUGGGGAGGAAGCUGCAUUUUUGCCUUUGACUCAUGUUUGACAAUACUUAGAAAAUAAAAUAUUUAGAUAAUCAAGUGUUUAUCUUUCAUACUUUCAGUGACUCUAUGUCUUAGAAAGGGCAAAUAGAGGCGCUAUGCUCCAUGAGAAUGAGAAUCAGGGCUGACUCUUUAAGUGCCUUCUAUUUUUGGAUGCUAUGUGGUGUAUAUUAGACGUGAAAAAAUUUUUUUAUUCACGUCAUAUUUUAUUGCCACUUUUGAUAUUGCACAAAUGUUUCAUUCCAUGUUCAUCUGCGGUUCUUUUAACCAUCACAAGCCAUAAAAUGUUUUUUUUUUUUAAUUCUAAGUUUAUAUUGAUGAUGAUUCUGCUGCAUUGUUUAUGAUUUGUACUUGUACAGAAGAGACUCAAGCUGUUUCUUUUAGUGCACUUCAUAUCUGUCAUGUGGUUAAAAACUCAGGGUUUAUUAAAAAUGCAAAAGUCAGUGAAUGCUUUUGUAAGAAAUAAAAUUACAAUGUUGCCUACUAUUUUCCAUUUUAUUAUUGUUUCCAACAUUAAAUAUUGUUCACAAUAAUGAGGUGCAAUUCUAUGCAAAGUGACUCAAUAUAAUUUACAAAAGUAUUAAAUACUAGAUACAUCGAAAUCA